AUGUUUUGUAUUCCUGAUGAACCAAACAAGAUCAACGAAAGUGAUCGAGAAAAAAUUAAAGGCAAGAUUGUUGAUCUGAUGCUUAAAAGUCCAGAAAAGUUACAGAAGCAGCUUAGUGACGCUGUCAGCAUGAUUGGUCGAGAAGACUUUCCUGAUAAGUGGAAAAACUUGUUACCAGAACUUGUGACAAAGUUUGAAAGUGGAGAUUUUCACAUAAUCAAUGGAGUUUUACAAACAGCCCAAUCAUUAUUUAAAAGAUAUCGUCAUGAAUUCAAGUCUCAGGAACUGUGGACUGAGAUAAAGUUUGUGUUGGAGAGGUUUGCAGAGCCACUCACGAAUCUGUUUGAGGUAAGUAGAUAUAAGGGGACUUAAGAUUUGAGUACGAGUACAAGAUUGAAUACGAGAACAACUUUUCAAUUCUAGUUUGCAGGCUUUGCAUUAUCACGUCACAUACCCAUCUCAUCCCAUGAGCUGCCCUCUCCACCUAAAACCAGCAUGAAGAGCGAGGGCUCUGGAAACAUCACUGGUUGGAAAUUUGAAAAUCGUACUCAUACUGAAUCUUGUACUUGCAGUCCAAUCUAAAGGUCCCUUAUGUCUGACAUGGUUCAAUUUUCUCUUUAUUCCCCGGGUGGGUUCUCCCAGAAAACAUGGGUGAGGUUGUGCAGCCUGCUUACCCUAUUUAUGACCAAAAUCUGCGAUUUUCCCUGCCCUAUUUAUGACCUGACCCUUGAAUCAAUAUAUGUACCCUGUUUCAGACCCAUCAUACAAUUAGUUUCCUAGUUCAGACCCAUGUUAAAGGCAUUGUGAUGGGCUUUUGUUUAUGGUCUAAUCAAUAAUGAUGAAAAAGUAGCUUCUUUUUAGAAACAUACCCAAUUCAAGA